CAGUUGAAGGUGGUUUUAAUUUGCUGUCUGUCAUGGUUGUUCUACGGUGUUGGAUGUGGAGAAUUAUUAAUUGAGAUGAGGUUAUGUUACCUGCGUUAAUGAACUUGCUCAAAGCCUGUUUCAAGCCAAGAUCAGAUCGUCACGUUCAUUCAGGUUCAGAAACACUUGGUCGCCAAGAUGGCCUUCUCUGGUACAAAGAUAUUGGACAACACAGUAAUGGAGAUUUCUCCAUGGCCGUAGUUCAAGCAAAUAAUUUGCUUGAGGAUCAAAGCCAACUUGAGUCUGGCUGCCUCAGCACACUUGACGACGACUCAGGUCCUUAUGGAACUUUUAUUGGCGUUUAUGAUGGCCAUGGUGGUCCAGAAACUUCAAGAUACAUCAAUCAACAUCUCUUCCAUCAUCUCAGGAGGUUUACAGCAGAAAAUCAAUCCAUGUCAAUUGAAGUAAUAAGAAAAGCUUUCCAAGCAACUGAAGAUGGAUUCUUCUCAGUAGUUGCCAAACAAUGGUCAAUUAAGCCACAGAUUGCUGCUGUUGGAUCAUGCUGCCUGGUGGGUGUUAUCUGCAAUGGAAAUCUCUACAUCGCCAAUCUCGGCGAUUCCCGAGCUGUUUUGGGAAGGCUUGUGAAAUCAACAGGUGAGGUUUUGUCUAUCCAGCUUUCAGCAGAACAUAACGUGGCUAUAGAAUCUGUUAGACAAGAACUGAAAGCUUUGCACCCUGAUGACUCAAAGAUUGUAGUUUUAAAGCACAGAGUAUGGCGUGUGAAGGGCCUUAUACAGGUUUCAAGGUCCAUGGGUGAUGUAUAUUUAAAGAAGGCAGAGUACAAUAAGGAACCAUUGUAUGCAAAGUUUAGACUUCGCGAGCCAUUUAAGAGGCCGGUAUUGAGUUCAGAUCCAACAAUAACUGUGCACGAAAUUCAGCCGAAUGAUCAAUUUAUCAUUUUUGCAUCGGAUGGCCUCUGGGAACACUUGAGCAAUCAAGAGGCUGUUGAUAUUGUUCAAAGCCAUCCUCGCAAUGGGAUUGGUAGGAGGUUAGUGAAAGCUGCAUUACUAGAAGCUGCAAAGAAGAGAGAAAUGAGAUACUCGGAUUUGAAAAAGAUAGAUAGAGGAGUGCGUAGGCAUUUCCACGAUGACAUAACGGUUAUGGUCGUGUUUCUAGACUCAAAUACGAAUAUGGUGGUGAGUCGCGGCAGCAGUAGUCAUCUAUCGGUGAAAGGGGGUGGAGUAACCCUUCCUUCCAAUACACUUGCACCUAAUUGAGAAGAUUAUGUUGGUAGAAAAUUUGUGAAUACUACUUUACUAGUUAGUAGCUGCAAGAAUUCUUUAGAGUUAUAAUUAUCACACCUUGGAUUGGGUAUCUGAAACACCCACCCACCCCCUCAAAACCCCAAUAAAACUGACUACUCUAUUAUUUUACUUGAAUGUAGUUAUAUU